GCUGGCAUUGGUUGCCGCCACCCUUGAAGUUUCAAAACCAUACGUAAUUGAAGGACAAUAAUGACUCUCGGCACCCUCUCUGUAAUCCAACUUGUUCUUUCGCACCCAAAUUUUCUCUCUCUACUCUGUUUUCUCCUCUCUCUCUCUCUCUCUCUCUCUCUCUCUUUGUAGACCAAUAGGAGGUGAUUUUGCUGGCAUUGCUGGCCACCUUUGAAGUUCCAAACCUUACGCAAUUGAAGGGAAAUGACUCGCAGCACCCUCCCGUUGGCAGCUUCGGAUCUUCAUAUCAUGGAUGGAACUCGAAGAAAUUCCACACUGAUAUGUGCGCCGGUAGUGGCGGAUUCAGUUGAUCAGAUGCUGGUCCAAAUGGGGAAGGCAAAGGAAGUUGGCGCUGACCUCGUUGAACUUCGGGUUGAUUUUUUGAAGAACUUCAGUCCAAGACAAGACCUCAGUGUAUUGAUCAAACAAAGUCCUUUGCCUACCCUUGUCACUUACAGGCCAGCAUGGGAAGGCGGUCAAUACAAGGGUGACGACAAGCAGCGACAAGAUGCACUGCGUGUAGCCAUGGAUUUGGGAGCGGACUUUAUUGACGUCGAACUUAAGGUAGCCGACGAGUUCUACAAUUCCAUUCAAGGGAGGAAGCCAGAAAAGGUCAAAAUCAUUGUUUCUUCACACAACUAUGAGAAAACUCCAUCUGCCGAGGAAAUUGGUGAUCUUGUUGCAAGGAUACAAGCUACCGGAGCUGACAUAGUGAAGAUCGCGACUACUGGCUUAGACAUCACCGACUCUGCACGUGUAUUUCAAGUAUUAGCGCAUUCUCAAGUCCCAAUGAUAGGGCUGGUUAUGGGCGAGAAGGGUUUGAUCUCACGCGUACUUAGUGCAAAAUAUGGUGCAUUCCUCACUUUUGGUACAAUAGAGGCGGGAGUAGUAUCGGCCCCUGGCCAGCCCACCGUAAGAGAUCUACUGGACUUAUACAACUUCAGACUUAUAGGGGCCGAUACCAAAGUACAUGGUGUGAUCGGAAAUCCUAUCGGUCACAGCAAAAUCCCUCAUCUUUACAAUGCAGCAUUCAGAUCUAUCAAUUUCAAUGGAAUUUAUUUGCCUUUGUUGGUUGAUAACGUUGCGAAUUUUAUUGACACCUAUAACUCCCCCGACUUUGUUGGAUACAGUUACACAAUUCCUCACGACGACGCUGGGAUUAAAUGCUGUGAUGAAAUCGAUCCAAAUGCCAAGGAAAUAGGAGCUAUUAGUUGCAUGAUCAGGAACCCGGCUGAUGGCAAAUUAAAAGGCUACAACAUGGACUAUCUAGGAGCAAUUGCAGCCAUUGAGGAAGGACUUCAAGCAUUAAACGGUUCAAGUAAUGGAUCCGGCUCCCCAUUAGCUGGUAAACUAUUUGUCGUCAUUGGAGCUGGUGGUGCUGGAAAGGCACUUGCAUAUGGUGGAAAACAGAAAGGAGCAAGAGUGGUAGUUGCCAAUCGCACAUAUGACAAAGCCAAGGCACUUGCAAACAAAGUUGGAGGAGAAGCUAUCACUCUUGCUGAAUUGGAAAAUUUCCAUCCAGAGGAGGGAAUGGUUCUUGCAAACACCACACCGGUUGGAAUGAAGCCGAGAAUUGAUCAAACACCCUUAUCCAAGAACGCUUUGAAGAACUAUUCUUUGGUGUUUGAUGCCAUUCAUACACCUAAAUGGACAAGACUCUUACAAGAAGCACAAGAGUCUGGAGCAGCCGUUGUUUCCGGGACGGAAAUGUUCCUCAAUCAAGCAUUUGUACAGGUUGAAAAGUUUUCUGGUUCACCUGCACCAAAGCAACUGAUCAGGGAUGUGUUGGCAAGAAAUGCAUGAGGAAUGUGUCUCAAAUCUCCCGUUAAGGCCAAUCCUGUGCUUUUCCAGUUGUGGUUAACGGGAAGAUUUAGCACAAAACCGAACACAAUGGCAUUUCAGGAUUCAUACAACCGACUCCACAUAGUGAGAUACGGUUUUGUUAUUGUUGUUGCAGCUAUUAACUUACCGUGUUGUACCAAUAAAAUUUUCAGUUUCACAUAUGGAGUGUCUUGUGAUUCUGGUGAACAUGAAUUUCGAAACCUUUUGUACUUACCUUAGGUCAUAAAUAAUUCAUUGGACAAAA